UCGGUACAUUUCCGAGGGUCUGUCGGUGUAUUUAAUGGAUAACUCAACGGUCAAAUUGCAGACUAUUAAUUUACGUGUGAAUUUAAUUUUAAAUUUGUACCAUAUCGCCACAGAGAAAUACACUACGCUUUUGUUGCUCAAGUGAAUGACCAAGAAACCCAGUAAGGUGAACAGCAAUCAAACGACAAGUUCAUCAUGAGCACAUCCACCGAACAGCCACCGCGCUUCGAUAGCGCCGAGACCAAUGGCUCUGAGAGCACAUCACAGCGGGAGCAGCAGCAACAACAGCAGCAGCAGAACCAGAACCAGAACCAGCCACAGAAUGCGACGGCCAAGCUCUUGCAGCAUAUCCAAACGAAUCGAAUUGACUGCGCCCUGUGGGCACUGCGUCUGCUAUCGAUUUUCUUUACCCUGAGCUAUGUUUUGCCCAUAUUCACUUCACAACAGAGCUCCUUCACCAAGGUGCUGCUGGCCAAUGCGGCCAUCUCUGCCCUUCGUCUGCAUCAACGUGUGCCCGCCUUCUCGUUCAGUCGCGAAUUUCUGAGCAAAUUAUUUGGCGAAGACUCGUGUCACUACAUGGUGUACUCUCUGAUCUUCUUCAACAUACGUCCCUCGCUCUUGGUGCUGGUUCCCGUGCUGCUCUACUCUGUGCUGCACGCCUCCAGCUAUUCACUCAAGUUGUUGGAUCUGCUUGGCCAGAACUCUUGGUGGGGCGCACGUUUCAUCAUCUCGAUUGUGGAGUUCCAGGCGGCCAAUAUACUGAAGGCCACAGCAUUCUGCGAGAUCUUCAUUAUGCCCUAUGCCAUUGUACUGACUUUUAUGAGCCACGCUAGCCUGAUGACACCCAUCAUCUACUAUCAUUAUGUGGUGAUGCGUUAUACCUCACGCCGCAAUCCCUAUCCCCGAAACGCCUUUGCCGAGCUGCGAAUCACCUUUGAGGCGCUGGCCGCUCGUUCUCCACCUGCCGUUGCCAAAAUUAUUCGUGGCGGCAUUGGCAUUGUCAGCCGUUUGGCGCCCCACCCAACGCCGGUGCCAGCGCAGUAAGGGAACAGGAGAACGCUACUAAGGACACUUAAAUAAGAUUAUUUAACUAUUGCACCAGCCCAUUCACACAGAUGUUCCACGGACAGUCGGAGUUUAGGGUUCAUUUUGGUUUUAUUUGUUGGUUAAAAAAAAUUGUUUUUGCACCAUUCAAGCAGCGGCCCUCACAAAUCGGCUUGAAGUCUUUUUUCAUGUUCCAUCCGAUGCGUUUUGGCAUAUACAUUAUUUCUAUUUUCACAAUCGGUUUGCUGAUGGAUCCUCCCCUUACACAUGUAUGUUAAAGCGUAUUAUUAACAUUAAAUUCAAAGGAAAAUGUA